CUUCCCUUUUCCCUACCCGACGCGAACCUUACCCUUUUCUCCUGCCGCAAGUAACGUGCCACCCCCCCGAAAAAGGAGAAAGGGUGCCCACCACGACCCCCUCUCCUCGCCCAGUGUCUUCCAAGCUGCUACCUUACAACACACAGCCAACCUCCGCGUUCUCUUUCUUUCUUUUCCUUUGGAAACUACCGGUGUCGCGAUCGGUGGACGGACGAAGCGUCGUCGAAGGGAAGUCGAAGUCGAAGUCGAAGGUUAGGAAAGGUCAGGAAAGGUCCUUGACGCCGGGAGAUUUUUUUUCGCCGCUGCGGUUUCUUCGAGAAAAAAAAAGGAGUGAAAGAUCGCUGGAUUCAGAGGUAUAUCUUUCUCAAACCAGAGAUCACGAAAGCAGAAAAAUCAUCAUGUCUUCUCUGUCGCGUCGGGCCUGCUACAAGUGUGGCAACGUCGGCCACUACGCCGAGGUCUGCUCUUCGUCUGAGCGCCUUUGCUACAACUGCAAGCAACCUGGCCAUGAGUCCAACAGCUGCCCGCAUCCACGCACAACCGAGACAAAGCAGUGCUAUCACUGCCAGGGUCUCGGCCACGUUCAGGCGGACUGCCCGACUCUGCGCUUGAGCGGAGCCACCAGCGGUCGCUGCUACUCGUGCGGCCAGCCAGGCCACCUCGCUCGCAACUGCACCUCCCAAAGUGGUGCUAACGCAGCCGCAGGCGGCUUCCGUGGUGGUCGCGGUGGUUUCCGUGGAGGCUACGGCGGAGCCGGUAUGCCCCGCGCGGCCACGUGCUACAAGUGCGGCGGGCCUAACCACUAUGCUCGUGACUGCCAGGCUCAGAGUAUGAAGUGCUAUGCUUGCGGAAAGCUGGGCCACAUCUCGCGUGACUGCACUGCUCCCAACGGCGGUCCGUUGAACGCGGAGGGUGGCAAGACCUGCUAUCGCUGCGGGCAGGUUGGACACAUUUCCAAGAACUGCACGCAGGCUGAGACUAACGGCGUCGCUGCCUCUGGCGGCGAGACUGCUACCCCUCCUGCCGCUGCUCCUGCCGCUCCUGCUGCGGCAGUUGCUUAGAUAAUGCGGGCUACGCUGGGCGCCGCUGCGACGGUGCAGAUUUGUCUGUACGAAUACGCACACUGCGCUUGCGUCCCACAUGUCCUCAGCUUCUUUUCCUUGGUCAUCUCUUCUUGUAACCUCCGAACGUUUUCACAUAACACACAACAUAUUCACGAUCGCUCUCAUCAACGGCUCUUCGACCCUCGUCAACAUUCACAAACGCACAUACUCUGCGACUGCUCCAUCCGCAAACUCUCAGUCUCACUCCGAGGCGCUGAGGGACGUCGCGGAAGCAAAACUGAACCGACAUUCACGAAUCGAUGCCAAAGCCCACGACGUUCAAACAACCAUUUUUGCACCAAAUGUCUCGCACGCAUAUCCAUGUUUUUUACUUCGAUAGACAAACCUCAGUUUUUCCGUCAGUCACCACCCCCACGUGUAAUGUUCCUCGCUCACGACGAUCCCGAUACCCACGUUUUGCAUAUUUUUCCUUCCUUUUUUUUCCUUCUUCUUUCUCCAAUAUUCAGAACGAACACGACAAACCGAUCUUAGCGGACAAGGGAACACACAACCCCCACAAUAGCCUUCUUGGUCUCGUCUCUUCUGUUUGUCCAAUCGGAUAGAUACGACGAGGGCAUAUGGGAGUGAAGUGAAACCCGGCAGCAAUAUGUGACGGACCGCAGAGCGAAGGAUGAGAACGGGAUGCGAAAGUUAGUUGGGCGGAAGGGAGGAAAUUGAAGAAAAAGGAUGCAGCAGCGGGAAGGGAGGAGAGGGAGCGAGAGGGAGGAAGGGGCCGAAGGUCAAAGUGAUGGAAGGGGAGUGGCUCCUUUACUUCUUCCAUGGUCGUGGACAUAGACUUGGUCUGUUUGUUCGCCAAACCGGCUGGUUCUUUAUCCGGUGCGUGAAUUUGGCCCUCUUGCUCUCCCUCUUCUGGCUUGAAGGAAUGGAAACGGAAAGGAACGGGCUGCAUGCACGCGUGUGCGCACAAUGACACACACGAACACACAUUUCCGAACGAAACACGCGCGUGCAUGCGCACUCCGGGCGACGGCAUCAUUGCCUCCUCGUCAUCACCGCCAUCGUCGCCGUCUUUUUUUUUAUCAUCAUCAGUCAUCAGGCAUGUUUUGUCGGAGAAGUCGGUCAGAGUAGGACAAUUGGCAUCUGAAUCAUCCCCUCAUUACCGUUGUUGCUGUCGUCACCUAGGUCUGUUGACAGUGUUGUGUGUUUUGAGUCCGUGUUUGUUGUAAUCGUUCGUGUAUAUGUGUAUACGGCUACGUGUGUAUAUGCAUCGGUGUUCUGAAUGAUCUAGGGAUAGACGAGGGUAUGUACCAUAGCGUGGCGGCGCCCACGACGCUAAUCCUCCAGCUCUGUACAUUGAGAAUCUGUUCAAGUCGGCUGCCUCGGUCGCUUCAGCCUCGA